AUGCUCCUUCCAACCUCCACAUCCCUCCUCUUCCUCCUCCUCGCCUUGACCACAGCAGCAACCUCCCAGUCAACAUCCGCCCCUACCCCAUCCCAGCCACCCAUCGACGACGGCACAGUCUGCCCCGGGUCCAUGGUCCCCUGCUGGGAAGGCUGCAUGCCGCCCGACGGCGUCUGCUGCCACGCCUCCUCCAAAACCUGGUGGUGCCAAAAGGGCGAUACCUGCGGCAAAAGUGAAGCCGCAGGCUGCUUCCACCCGCCAAAAGGAGCCUCUUCCUCUUCCUCUCCAUCUUCUGCCCCAAUAUCAACCGACGAUUCCUCCGCCACGGCCACAGAGAGUGUGACGAGGCCGAGUCCGACGGCCGCGACGACGACGACGACGACGACGACGACGAUCGGAAUCCAGCUUCCGACGUGCGUCUUUGAGAUUCCGCCUAUCGUACAGAGGCAGCAACGGGAAAAGGUGACGACCACGGUGUCGGCGUGUCCCACCGAGUUGGCCUCGGCCACUUCCGUCCCAGGUGCCGCUAGGGGAUUCGGGCCGGUGGUGACGGGUCAGUCGUGGGCUGUUGUCAUGUCGAUCGGUAUCGUGGUCGGUUUUGCGAUGAUGCUGGUCUGA